AUGGCUCCCAACCCCCAUGGCAACCUGAUAUCUCUGCUCUUUUCGCUCCUCAUCUUGUAUCCAGCUCUAGCUGCGGCCGUCGACCUCGACUACUGCGCCGAAUUCAACACGGGAAGCACCUUUAACUCUGUUGUCGAUGGCUUCCAGUCUAUCGGGGCGUGUCAGAAGACAUGCGGGACCCAAUACGCCUUUGCUGUCCUUCAGGGGAAGACGUGCUGGUGCACGAAUGCUGCCCCGAAAGACACCAUCCCGAACGGCAGAUGCAACCAGAACUGCCCCGGAUACCCAGAUGACAAGUGCGGAAACACCUCGGAGGGCCUCUUCGCCUACAUCAUGCUCGACAAGAAACCGUCCACGACGAUUGGUAACCCGUCAUCGACCACUACCUCGUCGGUUAGUAGCACUCAGUUCUCUUCAUCAUCAAGCACAGACAUGUCUACUACCGCUGCCAUGGGGGGGAAUCGUUCUUCAUCAUCUUCUUCUUCUUCACUUUCACCUUCACCUUCUCCUUCAUCUUCUUCAUCUACCCUGCAAUCCCAAUCUCCUGCACCCGAACAGACAUCUCAAUCAACACAGAUGAUUUUGACACCAAGUGUACAGACCACCAGCAGGGCCAGUGUGAGCACAGAGACUCGCACCACUACACUAUCGCCUACCUCAACUUCAUCGUCAUCAUCAUCAUCUUCUUCUUCAUUUUCUUCUACAUCUUCAUCUUCGUCUACGAAAACCUCGAAAACAACAACUUCACCCGCAUCGACAACUACCGAUCCUACUGCUUCGAUCACCACCGUAGAAGGACGGGUCACUACCAUCACGGUUCCGAACGCACCAGCGCAAACCCACCCUCCAGCCAGCAACGAGGGCUCCUCGCUAUCCGGCGGUGCCAUUGCUGGAAUCAUCAUCGGCACUUUGGCCGUAUUCGCCAUCUUCACGGGCAUUAUCCUGUGGCUCUUCUGCUUCCGUCGCCGCCAACAGGCUAAGAUUGAUGAUAGCUACCGUUCGCCUUUCCACGAAUCCCCAGUUCCACAGCCUAUCUUUGAAAACACACUAAGCAGCCGCGUCCCGGCCAUGAGAGUCGCUCCAGUUGCUAAUGGGAAUGGUACUACAGCAGGUAGUAGAGGUAGCACAGCUCGUCUGAGUAUCCCCGCUUUCACCGACCAUCGAAUGAAGAAGGAUGCCUUGGUUUACUCCCAUGGAGGUCGUCAUAGCAACGUUUCUCUGCAGGAUAACCAGGAUUAUUCUCGACCCGUGUUGCGAGUAAGUCGGCCGUCCUCUCCCCCCUUUACUUCGAUUCCUCGGAAAUAG